CAGCUUUUGGUUGUGCUCUCUGCAUUAUGCUGGCAAAGGCUGAGUGCUACAAUGUUACCAAGCUGCAUGAGAGGGAAGAGGCGGGACUUUGCCAGGAAACAGGUGUGUGUUGUUUGGAAUGAUGUCAUCUUUAGCCUUACCUGAAAUACAAGACUGCGUUGAGAAGUGGAGAAACGGAUCACAGGUUCCAGACGGUCAUCAGUACUUUCAGGAUGUUGAUAGUAGCUGUAAUUAAGUAAUGAAAGGAAAUGAAGCCUGCCUGCCACUGGCCAGGAUCAGCCCUGAGAUGCACUGCAGUAUGAAAGUCUUGAGAAGCUGAUGCAAGCCUUGUGUUUUCAUCACUCCUUCCCUGUGGAGUAAAGUGUGCAUAACAAGCCUUAUAAGGGGUGGACCACUGAAACUGGGUGGCUGUUUUUUAAUAUAUCUAAACAACCUACAAGUCUGCUUCCUAGAAAUAGUCUUUCUUUUAAUCAGCAUUAUCACAUUUAUAUUUCUACAUAUGUCAACUCAAUUACUUUUGUUACUGGAAAUGAAUUUCUCACUGAAGUUGUUACUCAAAUAUAGGGAAUGUUAACUCAAAGGUAAUUGGUUUGUAUCUUUUAAAUGUCAGAUGCCAAAUCAAGACAUUAGAAGUUGCCCAGGAGACCCCUUUUUAUACAAAUUGAAGGAAUAAAGAAACUGGAAGCUAUUGCACCUCUUGUUUGACCCAGCAUUGACAUCUUCAAAAUAAGUGGCUAUUAGUCAGUUUGCUCCUGACAAUGACUGAAUUUAUUGUUUCCUGGAUAAGGACGUUUGGUUCCUAGAACAGCACAGGCGUUUGAGAUUUCUGCAGGAUCUGACAAUGUCUUGGAAGAGGAAUUAUUUUGCAUCAGGCAGCAGUGGACUACAGGGCAUCUUCACUCCACGCACCAUGACAUCAAUUGCUCCAAGCAAAGGCCUCAUUAAUGAGCCAGGCCAGAACAGCUGCUUCCUCAAUAGCGCCUUGCAGGUUCUUUGGCACCUUGACAUCUUCCGGAGAAGCUUUCGGCAGCUGACUACUCACAAAUGCAUGGAGGACUCUUGCAUUUUCUGUGCACUGAAGAGCAUCUUUGCACAGUUUCAAUUCAGUAGUGAGAAGGUUCUGCCCUCUGAUGCCCUUCGCAGUGCCCUUGCAAAGACGUUCCAAGAUGAGCAACGCUUCCAGCUGGGGAUCAUGGAUGAUGCUGCUGAGUGCUUUGAAAAUAUCUUAACACGGAUUCAUUUCCAUAUCUCUGAUGAGAGCAAGGAAGAUAUUUGCACUGCACGGCACUGUAUUCCACACCAGAAAUUUGCAAUGACCCUUUUUGAGCAGUGUGUCUGCAGCAGUUGUGGGGCUACUUCAGACCCGCUUCCUUUUAUUCAGAUGGUGCACUACAUCUCAACAACAUCUUUGUGUAACCAAGCAAUUCGAAUGUUGGAACGUAGGGAUAAGCCAACUCCUGACAUGUUUGGUGAACUUCUCCGUAAUGCCAGCAACAUGGGAGACCUACGAAACUGUCCGAGCAACUGUGGGGAAAAGUUAAGAAUUAGACGUGUACUCAUGAAUUCACCUGAAAUCAUCACAAUAGGCUUGGUGUGGGACUCUGACCAUUCAGAUCUGGCAGAGGAUGUUAUACACAGCCUUGGAACCUGUCUACGCCUUGGUGAUCUAUUUUACAGAGUUACAGAUGACAAGGCCAAGCAAUCAGAGCUAUACUUAGUGGGCAUGGUUUGCUAUUAUGGGAAGCACUACUCAACUUUUUUCUUCCAGACCAAAAUCCGCAAAUGGAUGUACUUUGAUGAUGCACGUGUGAAAGAGAUUGGGCCAAAGUGGAAGGAUGUUGUGUCAAGGUGCAUCAAAGGUCACUAUCAACCCCUUCUUCUCUUGUAUGCUGAUCCCAGGGGAACUCCAGUAACUGUGCAGGAUCUGCCUUCUCAAAUAGAUAUGCAACACUACAAUAAGACUUACUAUGACAGUGAAGACUCAGGCCGUGAACCAUCUAUUUCGAGUGACACUCGUACUGAUUCUUCCACGGAAAGCUACACAUGUAAGCAUGCUCAUCAUGAGUCCAUGGCCAGCCAUUUCUCAUCAGAUUCCCAGGGAACAGUGAUCUGUAACUCAGAAAGUGAUGCAGCUUCUCAACACAGUACAGAUGCAGGGAAACUGACAGACAGCCAGCCAAUGCAGCUUUAUCCAGUAAGGAAAGAAGGGGCAUUGGACAGGAAGAGGAGCUCCAGUCGGCCACGCCGAUUCGAGGAGCGAAACCAAGCAGCCAAGGGGGACGAGGCAUUGUCAGUUGGCUACCAUAGUGAGGGGGAAACUCUGAAGGAACAGCAAGCACCACGCACAGCUCCAAAGCCCUCAAGCAGCCGCCUAAAGGAAUUCAAGGAGACGAUGAGCAAUAUUGUUCAUGCCCGGCCUGUGCCGCCUUCCUUUUCUGGAUUAGGGAGUGCUGAUUCUGGGGCAAGGGCCAGAAGUCGGGACUGGGAGGUGGACAGCACCAGUAGUGAGUCAAAAUCUAGUUCCUCAGGAGGACGGACAAGGCCAGCCUGGCGACCGCGACGAGAAGUGCUGAAUAUAGACAGCAUUUUUAGCCGGGAGCGCCGGAAGCCACCAGGUUAUACUCAGUUAACUACUGGGCCAGAUGAAAACCUUGGGCCAGCAGAAAAGAAUGUCCCUUCCAGAACUAGUGUAAUUUCUAAUAAUACUUCACGUCACCCCCCUCAACCUCUUCGAGGAUUGGAUACUCAACCACGACUUAUUCAGAGGAUGGAGAGCGGUUAUGAAAGUAGUGAGCGGAAUAGCAGCAGUCCUGUGAGCCUGGAUCUACCUUUAAGUGAGGGUUCCAGUUCUGGCUCUUACAGGGAAUCCAGUGUGAAGAAGACAGCAAGUUCUGGUCCCUCUUGGCGUACAGUUCCCAAGUCUAAGAGUAGUAGUGCUUUACUGCAAGAACGCAGCCCAACAUUGUUUCCAGGGAGCCAGGCAAAUCUAGGAGUAGAAAAUCGUAGUGAACUAGAUGAACUUCAGGAGGAGGUGGCUCGUCGAGCUAGGGAACAGGAGCUUCAGAGGAAGAAAGAAAAAGAGAAGGAGGCUGCUAUGGGCUUCAAUCCAAGGCCCAUAAAAUACAUGGACCUUGAUGAACUGCAGAAUCAGGGAAAGACUGACAGCUUUGAGAGGUGUCUGCAGGAGACAGACACACUGUUAGAGCAGUCCCUGCGGUUAGAACAAGACAACGACCUGGCUGCAGCUCUUUCUAUCUGUAAUGAAGCUCUGUCUAAACUAAGACUUACCAUGCAUGAAGGCAGUGCUAACAUUCCUAGCAGAGCCAUGGUUGAUAAGAAGCUACAAAAGUGCAUGAGGAGAGCUCGAAGUCUACAACAGCGCAUAGAGCAACAGGAACAUCCCCUGGGGGGCACUGUGUCCCAGCCUCAAAGUGAGCAGCCUAUCCCGUUCCAAAUACUGUUGACAGCAGCGCAAGGUGAUGAUCAAGAACCAAGAGAGGACAUUUCUCUUAAUCCUACUACUCCUCUCGAUGUCAGAGCUAUCUCUCCUUCAAGAGUAUCUUCACAGACUACACAGUGCCACCUGGUGUCCUUCACUCCUCAUCCUAGAGUCCAUCCUAAGAGCCAAGACUCUCCAGAAGGUAGCUGUGAGCGGCUACAGCCUCCAUCUAGCCAGAGGGAAGAGAGUAUUAUAGUAGACUGGAACAGCCCCAAGUGUAAUCCUCUAAAUCGAUGGGACAGUGGAGAGCUCUCAAACAUCAUUCAGACACCACACGAUCUACAAGCCAAGCCGAUACAUAAACACAAUGCAAUUUCUUUGCCAACGCUUCCUUUAAACAAUUUGGAAGAUGAUGAAGGAAAUUGUGCUGGUCUGAAAACCAAGUCCCAUCCUUGCCCCAUUUCCUUACCCUCUACUAGUGAAGGAUCUAUGUUUCUAAAGGAAAACUCUUUAGCCUUUUCAGCGUCCAGUUCUAACAAACUGCAUCAUACAAAUGACACAAGGACUUCUGCUUCUGUUGAAUUUGGUGUAGAGGAAAACGUUGACAGGAGGAAUGAUCAGAUUUCUCAUUACUCACGUUCUCAAAUUAUGGAGCAUCCUGGCGCAAGUUUACAGCUGACAAAACCUGCUGUUCCUUUGAACUGGUCUUCCAGGACUAAUGAAACUUCAAUACCAAAUGGCCAAAUCCCCCUCUCCUCUUCUCCUCACACACAACCUUGCAAUAAGGAGCAUCAGUAUAUUCAGCAACCCUGCAUAUUAAACAAGCAAGGCUCACCUUCUUCGCCAUCAAACUUUUCUGCAAUGCCAGUGGAACGAUGGGCUGAGAAUGUUACACGCUACUAUGGCUCUCAGCCGGACUGCAGUCAGUAUUCAGCCCAAAGGCCUAGACCAGAAUCUCCUUGCAAAGAGCUGAGUGAAUUGGAGUUUCUCUAUCAAAGAAGUCUGCAGGCUCCCAGCACUUUAAAGUCUUCUGUGAAUUACUGUCAGCAGCUUGGCACUAAACAAGAUUCCUCAAAUAUCAGUGCUGCACAAAUUCCACACUCUGGGACAUUGCCAGGUCGUUCAAAGACUCCCACGGCUGAGAUUGAGAGGAAUGCAUAUAGAGCAGUGGGAUCUGGAACCCCUACUACCUUAAUUCCUUUGAAGAUGUCUCACCUGUCUUGCGAGCUGUCACAGUUUGAAGAUGAGACUUAUAGUGCUGAAAAUCUUCGUCGCAUUGCACGCAGCCUCAGUGGAACUGUCAUUGGAGGAAAUCCUGAACCCAUUGCUACUUCUCGCAGCUUUGAACCCUCGACAGCCGGGACCAAGCAUGUGGACCACAGAAUUGCGCAUCGUGCUAACACCACUCCCCACCUCCCUCCCUAUGUCAGUCCUACUGUGUUUUCCACUGACCCCCCUCAUCUCCACUCAGUCACAACACUGCACCAACCCAAGCAGCUUCUACAGCCCAGCUUGUCACAGCACAUUCGGAGACCUUCAGGAGAUAACAAGAAGGUCGAGAAGUUUCUGGCUGUGCUUGACCGGGGUAAAGCUUUCACCAGUGAAAACUACCACAGUGUCGCACUAAGCUAUGGCACACUGCCCAGGGCAAACCACCGAGCCACACCACAGACGGACAAGACUGCACUUCUGACUUUAAAACGUCAGACUCGUAUUCCGGAAACUGGACACAGGCAGCACUCGGGCAACCAGCAGUCAAUGUCAAAAAUGUACAAUGACUUUCAAACUGUUCCAUCCUCAGCAGGUGCAAAGGACAUUAGAGUCUUGGAGGGACAUGGCAAUACUAGUGUAUCGUGGUCCAGUUAUGCAGGAGCCUUGGGGUCUAGAAGGACUCAGCCCUAUGCUAGUAACUGUCAGGCUGUUCCAAAACAGAGCAUCCGAUCUGCUCCUUCAUCCCAACCUCUACGUCUUGAUGUUCCCCCUGAUGAGGACUGGCGAAGAAGCACCUUAUCACAGCCACAUUCCCAUCUUAACUCUGCUUCUUAUUAUAGGCCCACUGCUGCAACCACGCCCCUUCAGCAGGCAGAAUCAAGACUUGCUCCUCAUGGGAGGAACUCUGGUCAGCGGUGUGGUCUGUGCCAACAAGCUUCUGCAGAGCCAGGGCAGAACUACUGUCACACGUGUCAGUUCUACCUGUCUCGUUUCCGCCCUGUGAGUUGAGAGACGUGCUCUUGAUCUUUUCACAGAUCUCCACGUCUCUCCUUCCAGUGGGAAUUGUGACACUGUACAUUUUUUAUUUAGUAGUAAAUAGGCCAAAGAUGCCAAGCUGUAGUCUCUGAUUUUGCUGUUGCAAUCAUCUGUUUAGGUUGAUAAACAUAAUGAAUUCUAAUUUUUUAUUGUUAUACACAUAUAUAUAUUUUUAACAGAUAUUUAAUUACUGCUAGUAUUUCUUUGAUCUUUGUACUCACUGAAUUGCUCAUUUGUCAUCGUGGUCAAACGUAAUUUCUGUGAGAGAAAAUGCAUUUGCUUCUUGGCAUAGUCAUUUGUAGAACAGAACUGAUUGACUCUGAAGUCCUCUUCACAACUAUAUCUCUCUUCUUUCUCAUGCACUUCUGGAAAGAGAGAGCAGACUGCAUCGAUGAAUUCAAUAUUUAAGCAGGACAUGUGGGCUCUGGGUUUAUCCUCUAACCUCAGACUUUUACUGUGUAUAUACCCAUAGACUUAAUAGGUUGCAAGUAUGCUGUAGCACUUGACAAAUAAUGUAGCUCUCUAAUUUCACCAUUUUGAAAGGUCUUCCAGAAAGUAUUUGUCUAACCUUUAAACACUGGACUUGCUUUUAGAAAAGAGCCCUGGGUAGCUGUCCACUUCCUUAUGAUUGUAGCAGAGAGCUUAUUUUUGGAAAAUGUUCUACUGUCCACAGGAUGUAUUUGUGACACACAUCUUGAAAGUAGCAUACAGAAAAAGUAAAAUGGGAGCAGGUCUGAAUUAUGACUACUGAUCUCUUACCUACAGCUCAGUUGUACCAUCUGCAUUCUCUGGACCGUCACUAUCCAGAACAAGUAGUGGUCUUGAGCUUCACUUAUUAGGGAGCAUGACCUCUGGGAGCUGAGAAACGAGCUUGCCAUAUCUUCAGAGAAAUAUCAUAUGUCUUCUCCUAUAAGAGAUAAGUCAGUCCUGAAGAAAUAAAGGCAUUCUACUUUGGAGAAACAUUUCUCUGGAUAUACAAGUUGGUGUUGUGCUGGUAAAUGGCUCUUUUUACACUGUUAAAUAACUUAAUACUCUUGUUCAGUUGCAAGUAAUAUGUUUUGAACUGAAAUAGUUUAAGAGUGAUACCUUGCCAAUUUGAUGUCUGUUAUUUUAAGCAUGGGUUUAUAUGCAUCUACCAGUCUCGGCCUUGUCAGCGUGUUUGCCCAGUACUUGAUAUGAGGUCUUUAUGGUGUAUUUACCAGUUCUUCUUCAGUAUCUGUCACUAGUCCAAUUUUAUUGUUUAUGUCAUGGUCAUUUAUCAAUGAUUCAUAUUUAGUUGUGUUCCGUGUGAUAUUUAUACAUUUCCCAUAUUAAUGUAUGGAGUCAGAGCCAGGUUAAUACCAUGUGCACAGUUUAACAGAUUAGCUUUUAACUUUUUAAAUUGGUUGCUUCAACAACUGAACAUGCAGAUUGACUGGCUCACAUCCUUUAACUCGAGCUCUGACAACCACCAAAUAUGGCAAAGUCUGUGCUGAAAUGUUGGAAAGAUUAAAUCUCAUUUAUUCCUCUCUGUGAUCAAGAUGGAAUCUAAAGUAUUGUCAGUAUUCAAACAUAAUUGGAACAUUAACUUAAUUUUUAAAUACUUUAGACAGCCACAUAUCCGUAUGAUUUUUUUUUUUGACAGUUUUCAUCCCAUUUGAAUUCCACCUAACCCUAUUAACUCCAUUCAGAAUCAAGGGAGCAUAUUGGGUAAUCCUAAAUUUCCUCCUUAUCAGGAAUAUUUAAGUUUUAAACCUUUGGUGUACUUAUUUUUUAUUCAUAAAUAAAACAUUGAACUGUAAAUAAUCAAGAGUAUGUGGCCAACAGUUUUAGUAGUGCCAGUCUUAUUUGCAUUUUAUAAGAACUUUAAACAAAAAAAAGAAUGAAGUUUCUUUGCAGCGUAAUUCAAGAAGGUUCUCUGUCUCAUUUUUUUAGAAGGCUCAAUGGCAGCCAAAGGGUUUAGAUUUUCUGCUCUAUUUUUUUGACUACUUCACAUCUAAGUGAAUGAAAUAUUAUGUAUCAUAACAGCUACUUAUGUAUUCUAGAGGAUAAUAUACCAGUAAAGUUAUUUUUUGAUCAUUGCAUUAAUUUGUUCUGUUAUUACCGAAAGGAGAUAUUUGCCUUUCUCUUGACCACAUUGUUUUUUUUUCCUUUCUCUCAGUCUUUGCCAUUGGAAAGCUCCACUAUCGUGUUUGUAUUCUCUGUCAAGUCCUUUUGUGUGUGCAUCCUCUGUAUUUAAUUUAUCGAGACUGAGUUUGGGCAUAAAUGUUUCAUUUCUUAUUUCCUAUAUUAGGCAUAUGUUUGCAUUAUCAAUUUAAUGUACUGUACUAAUUGACAGAUUCGGUUACAGUUCUGUUAGCAAGUCCAGCUAGUUAUUUUGAAAUGAUAGCCUUGGUGAAAAUGUUAUUCUAGUUAGAUGAAGAGGAUGAUGUUGUUUGUUCCUUCAUUCAGUGAUAUGCCACAGCAGUUUGGCAAGUUACUGUUUUAGUUUUAAACCUUUUACUGAUCCUACAGUAAAUGGGCCAAGUGUAACAUUAUGAAGUGGUUUAAUGAACACUAAAUAAUGUGAACCUCAUCUUCUCUGUUUAGCUUCCUUAUUCAAUGCACUGUUAGCUACAGUUCAUCCAUAAAAAUCUGCAGAAUUCAUUCAUCUGGCCUGGAUCCGCCAGAAAUUGAAGAUUAUCACAGGUAAAAACUGUGGACAUAUUGUUUAAAUAAUAGCCUUUCAUCAACCAUUUAACUGACUGUUGAAGCAAUGUCUUAAUUUAUAUGCCAAAACGCGAUAAUAGGCUUGUUUGCCUAGUUUUCGGUUAGAGUUUGAAAAGCAUUUUGUUUAAGCUGAUGGUCUGGGUAUUUAUUUAAAAAAAACAAACAAACUCAGACACAAGUUUAUAUUAAAGAGUAUAGAUACUUAGUAAAUUUGCAGCUUUGAAAGAGAUUCACCUGUGUGAUCAAGCUUGUGAAGGCUGCUUGAAAUAGGAAGUAGGACUGCGGUUUGAUGCACUAGGAGUGGCCACUAAAUGACCAAAGACAGAAACCCUAUCAUUGCAGACGACGUAGUUUCUAGCUUGUUCUCAUCUUCUCAGAGGGAGUGCUCUUCAUGCUGUGUCUCAUUUGGACUGUGGACAGUAGUACAAAUGUAUAAUUUUAUCUAUUAUUCUUGCUUUAAAAAAGAAAGCCAAAAAAGAAGAUUUGAUAGAACUAUGUAUGUAUAUUUGCUUGUACAGAUAAUAACUGAAGCCUUUGAAUGUGAAUAGGUACAUUCAUACAUGUAGCGGUCCUGGGUUCCCCAGAUGCUUGUUUCUAAAAGCAGUACUAUAACAUGGAUCCUGUAUUUUUUCAAUAAAGUUGAUAUACAGAGUGAAGCACAAUAAAGUCUUAAUGAAUGACCCAU